UCUGCUUCCAGCAUUGACCAUGCCAGGGUGGAGCUGCCUGGUGACAGGAGCAGGUGGGUUUCUGGGCCAGAAGAUCAUCCAGAUGUUGGUGCAGGAGAAAGACCUGCAGGAGAUCAGGGCUCUGGACAAGGUCUUCAGACCAGAAACCAAGGAGGAAUUCUCUAAGCUGCAGACAAAAACCAAGGUGACAGUGCUUGAGGGAGACAUUCUGGAUGCCCCGUGCCUGAGAAGAGCCUGCCAGGGCAUCUCUGUGGUCAUCCACACCGCUGCUGUCAUUGAUGUCAAAGGGGUCAUUCCCAGACAGACCAUCCUAGAUGUCAAUCUGAAAGGUACCCAGAAGCUGUUGGAGGCGUGUGUCCAAGCUAAUGUGUCAUCCUUCAUCUUAACCAGCACAAUUGAUGUGGCAGGGCCCAACUCCUACAAGCAGGUCAUCUUGGAUGGCCAUGAAGAAGACAAUCUAGAAAGUACAUGGUCUGAUCCAUAUCCAUACAGCAAAAAGAUGGCUGAGAAGGCAGUGCUGGCAGCCAAUGGGUGCACCCUGAGAAAUGGUGGCACUUUACAUACUUGUGCCUUAAGGCCCAUGUACAUUUAUGGGGAAAAAAGCUCAUUCCUUUAUAAUAUAGUAAUUGGGGCCCUGAAAAAUAAGGGUGUUCUGGAUACUACAGGCAAAUUCUCUGUGGUCAACCCAGUAUAUGUGGGAAACGCAGCCUGGGCACACAUUCUGGCUGCCAGGGGCCUACGAGACCCCAAGAAGUCACCCAGUAUCCAAGGUCAGUUCUACUACAUCUCAGAUGACACCCCUCACCAAAGCUAUGAUGAUUUAAAUUAUGCCCUGAGCAAGGAAUGGGGCCUCCGCCUUGACUCCAGUUGGAGCCUUCCUCUGCCCCUGUUCUACUGGCUUGCCUUCCUGCUGGAAACUGUGAGUUUCCUGCUGCGUCCAGUCUACAACUACCAGCCCCCCUUUAACUGCCACUUGGUUACGCUGUCCAACAGCACGUUUGCCUUCUCCUACAAGAAAGCCCAGCACGAUCUCGGCUAUGAGCCGUGUGUCACCUGGGAGGAAGCCAAGCAGAAAACCUCAGAGUGGAUUGGGACACUAGUGGAGCAGCACAAGGAAACAAUGAACUCAAAGACUCGGUGAUGUGAAGAUGGCAGGGACAUGGCCCUGGGUGUUAUCAGAAAUCAUCAUCAGGUCCUCAGAAAUACAGGCACAACCCAGGUCCUACUGGCUCCCUUUGACAUAGAAGCCAACUUAGUGUCUUCCUCAAGUCCCCAGAAACCUUUCCAGGCACUCACCCAGCCACAAGCUUUCUUCCCCAAACACCUGCCCAGAGACACACAGGCAGCUAUGCCUCAGUUACUGUGACCAAAAGCUCCAGCAACUAUAGUUCUGUCACUUAGAAAUUAGUAUUGGGUUUGUCUUCCCUCUCAAGUCCUAUAUACCAUCCCC